UUUCCUCUUCCGUCGUGAUAGAGCUGGAGGCUGCGCAACCUCGGAGCAUUGUCGCGGGAUAACUCAUGACGCAACCGCCACCGCCGGCGCCGAUUGCGACGUUGCGCCUAGCCACGGCCGAAAUCAGUAGGAACUCUGUUGCGACGUUGCGAGCACUCUACCUCGGCUAUAAAAGGCCUUCGCUCGCUGCUUAAUUUCUCCCUCCACUCGACCCUCUUUCUCUGCACACGAGGGUGGCGAUGGCUCGCUGGUCGGUCGGUGCAGUCCUAUCUCUGCUGGCCGUGGCCGCAGCUGUCGCCGCCGCCGCCGCGGAGGGUCCCGCCCCUGCCCCGUCGGUGGAGGAGUCCUCCGGCUACCAGAACUACCGCCACCAGAUUCUGAAGAGGGGAGGACUGAAGGCGAAGAACAUUUUGCUGUACGACGACAUCGCAAAAGCCCAUCAGAAUCCAAGACCUGGAGUCAUCAUCAGUCCGGAGGGGAACACAGAGCCGCCGCUGCAUGGCAGUGAUCCUGUCGCAGCCCCGUCAGCAGAGGAAGAAGUCACGAGGUGGGCCGUGCUUGUUGCGGGCUCCUCCGGCUACCGUCUCCAGGCCGAUGUGUGCCACGCCUACCAUAUUCUGAAGAGGGGAGGACCGGAGGAGAUUGUCAUGGUGUGUCUGUACGACGACAUCGCCAAAGCCCAUCAGAGCACAAGGCGUGGAGUCAUCGUCAGGGAGCAGGGGAACACUGAGCCGCCGCUGAUUGUGCUGGUGACGCAAGAUGAGCAUGACGCUGCUCCCGCCCCUGCCCCGUCGGUGGAGGGCUCGUCCGGCAACGAGAAGUACCGUCACCAGGCCUACCAGAUUCUGCUGCUGACGCAAGAUGAGCAUGACGGUGCUCCCGCCCCUGCCCCUGCCCCUGCCCCGUCCGUGGAGGACGACUCCUUGGGCGACGAGAACUACCACCACCAGAUUUUGAAGAGGGGAGGAUUGAAGGAGGGGGUCACGGGGUGGGCCGUGCUUGUUGCGGGCUCCUCCGGCUACAAGAACUAUGGUCACCAGGCCGCCGAUGAGUGCCAUGCCUACCAGAUUCUGAAGAGGGGAGGAACAAAUAAUGAGGAAAGCAUCUUGCUGUGCAUGGACGACACCAUCGCCAAAAACUCUCAGGACCCAAGAGUGCCAUCGGCGGAGGAAGGGGCCACGACCAAGAGGGCCGAGCUCGUUGCGGGCUCCUACGAUCGUCGCCAGGCAACGAAGACGAGAGCCGAGAAAGUGGCGGACCAUAGCGAUGGCUUUGACAUGAAGGGCCUAACUAUUGCUGGAUGCUUAGUGGUAGGAGGGGCACUACUCGCUUUAGUUAUAGUUUUCCUCUAUAGGGUUUACCGCUUCUUCACACUUGAGAUAGUACUUCGACGGCGAAACCUCCCCUUCGGCCUUUACCCGCCGAAGGGGGCGGCUUACCAAGCCGGGGACGUGCAUACCAUUUGCAUGGUAUGCCUUUCCCGGUUCACCUGGUGUGCCCGCAUCGCCGUCCUUCCAGCGUGCGGGCACAUCUUCCACCGCCGCUGCCUCAGGGUGUUGGCGGCCCAGGAGAGCCCCCGCUGCCCAAUGUGCAGGGCAGCGGUGGCUUGAUAGUUUAUUUUAUGCCGCUAUGUGAUGAUUUGUAUUUACUGUGGCUCGAUUGUUUAUUUUAUGCCGCUAUGUGACGAUUUGUAUUUAUUGUGAUACAUAUAUAUAUAUAUAUAUAUAUUUACUAUUGAAGUUGGUGGUGAUGAUUUAUGCA